AUGUCCUCUGAGCCCUCAACACACUCCACGAACCAAGAGUCGUCAACACAAGGAUCAAAGCCAGCCAAUGCCUCCUCCCCACGAUCCUUUGCAACCUCUAAACAAACAACAUCCACUCUCCAAAACGAAAUACUCACUCCAACACAGGUCCCUCCAAAUCCACCUCAACUCCACUUGAACCAUUACAAUAAUCAACAAGGAAAUUCCCCUAAUGCUUUCUUCGAGAGAUUUCACCAACAACAGCAACCGAGAGCACUUGAAAAAAACGCCCAAAAUUCCCAACACAAUCAACUCCUUUCGGAAGAGAAAUUUCAAUUUUCAAAAUUCGGGUCGUCAUCGGAAGCACAAGAAAAGGCUCCUCCAGACUCUGUCAAAGCGAUUGACACGCUAUCGUCAUCAUCAUUCAUUGAAACACCUCUACAAGAAUAUCAUCAUCCUCUCUCUGCACCAACUAGUAGUAGUAGUAACAACAACAGUAGCACCCGCGUCAAAUCUCCCAAUUUGGAAAAUUUCACAAACCAAGAGGUUUUUUCAAAACGAUCCCAUCUUGCUCAAUAUCAUCACGCAAAAAUUCAAAAAGUUCCUUCUGAGGAGCCUUUGAUUCUCGAUUCAACUUUGUUCUUGCAGAGUCGUUUGACAGACACCACAAAAUCAGGAGCCAAAAGUUUGAAAGACUUUUCCAGAACCUCAAAACGAUUUUCCCAUUCUCUUGGAAAAACAAAAUUUGAUAGUUACUUUGAUUUUAGACCAUUCAGUCGUCAUUCACGGAAGAAGGGUCAUCACGAACAGAGUCACAAGAAUCGACUGAAUCAGAGAAGUUCAAGUGAAACACAAAAUUUGGUGGAAUUUUCAAAUAGUGAAAAAGUAUCCUCCGCUCAACCAGAGGAAUUGGAAUCGACAAAUCAAAACAAUAACGAAAAUAUGGCAAAUGCAUUGACACCUCCCAAGAAGGCCUCAAAAUUUAGAGUGUUUUUGGCAACUGCAUGUUUUAGUGGAUUGCAAUUUGGUUGGGCACUUCAAAUUGCCUUAUUAACACCUUUUAUUUUAGAAUUGGGUCUUUCAAAAACACUCAUUACUUUGGUUUGGUUAUGCGGGCCUGUAACAGGUUUGAUUGUACAACCCAUUGUAGGAGUGCUAAGCGAUAAAUGUAAAAGUCCAUUGGGAAAGAGAAGACCGUUUCUCAUUGUUGGAACCAUCAUGGUAGCAUUAUCGUUAUUACUCAUUCCAAAUAGUUUAGAUUUAGGACAUUGGAUGGGAGACACAACCACUGAUCAUACUGUUGCCAUUGUGUUGGCGAUUAUUGGGUUUUGGAUUUUGGACGUUUCAAAUAAUACUUUACAAGGCCCAACACGAGCAUUGGUUGCUGACAUGGCCUCUCACAAAAAUCAAGCAUUCGGUAAUGCAACUUUAACAUUUUGGAGUGGUUUGGGAAAUAUUUUAGGCUAUUUGGCUGGAUUUGUUAAAUGGUCUUCGUACAUUACAGCUUUCAAAACAGAAGCUUGUUCAGAGGGAUGUCAAAAUUUAAAGAUUUGUUUUCUCAUUAGUAUUGGAUUUUUAUUAUUGACGUUUGUAGUUACUUUAUUUGCAGCACGUGAAGAGUCGACAUGGAAAAAGAAAUCUUCUGCGACAAUUAACAGUGCUAAAAACUCAGCAGAGGAUGUGAACAUGACGAUGGAAGGAGGAGUAUUAGAUUACUCAACAAGUUUGAGAGACCAUGAAGAAGAAGAAGAAACAAAAAUUGACUUCUUGGAAACAGAUCAUUUAUUAAUGAAACAAGACAGAUCCAUUAAUAGUGUAAGUGGAGAUGGAGAAGAAAAACCAGCAUCAUCAUCAAUCGUGACACGACAAGUCCUCUCAUCCAUGAGCAGUGGUCAAACCAAUUUUAGAAAAAGUCAAAGUGAACCCAUUCAACUUGGUGUGACCUCCUCUCCAACAACAAACUUGAUGGAAAAUUCAAGAGAAUUAUCGAAUCGUCAAGGUAAUGAAUAUUAUCAAUCUUCGUCAUUGAAACGUCACUUCAAUGACGAAAUUGACCAAGAAGAAAUGAAUCCAAGUCAACAAGAACCUCAAUCAUUCUCUCAAGAAGGUUCAAAUUCUCAAUCUCCACAAACCAUUCUAGUCGAUGCAACUCCCAUUCUCGAACACAAUCUUAUUAAGGAAAAACAAGAACAUACAAUAUUCCCACCUGAUGCGAGAAAUGUGUCUUUGAGUGGAAUGAAAUCUGCUCGACAAUUAGCUCAAUAUUUGAGGGCAGCGUUGCAUUUGCCAAAAGCUAUGUGGCGAGUUUGUUUGGUGAAUUUCUUUUCGUGGUUUGGAUGGUUUUGUUUUUUAGUGUAUAUUACCACAUGGGUUGGUGAGAAUGUCUUUCAUGGAAAUAGUGAUGAAUCUUCUCCAGCUUAUGCCUUGUAUGUGAAAGGUGUUCAAUAUGGAUCUUUUGGAUUAGCUGGUUUUGCAGGAUCGAGUAUCAUCUUCUCUCUUAUAUUACCUUCAUUGACUCACAAAUUAGGAUUCAAAUGGACGUUCUUUAUUGGUCAACUUUCAUUGGCAUUAUGUUUAGGUUCCACACUCUUCGUUACCAACAAAAUUCUUGCGUUAUUAGUCAUUACUGCGUUUGGAUUUCCAUGGGCAGUGAAUGGAACCAUUCCAUUUGCCAUUGUUGCAACCAUUGCUAAAAAACAUGAAAAAGGAACUUAUAUGGGAUUAUUGAAUAUCUUUAUUGUGGUACCUCAAUUGGUCAUGAGUUCGGUUGGACCUCUCAUUUCCUAUAUUUCACAUGGAAAUGUAGCUUGGACAUUGAUGGUCGGAGCCAUCAGUGUUCUUGUAUCGAGUGGAUUGAUUUAUUUCUUGAUCAUCCCAAAGAAGAUUGAGAGACGAAGGAAGAAAGGAGGAAUGGGUUUUGGAGGUGGAGGAGGUGGACAUUAA